AUGGCUGACAUCCCCUUGUCCCUCGGAGUCUGUGUUCGGUCUGUACUGCCCAGCCAGGAGGGCAUGGCCCAGCGCUUUCCUAGGGCCCUCGGCUUCCGCAAAGCCCGGGAGCUGUCCCAUUCCGGCAACGGAGGCCGAGGACAGACCUUCGGGCCGGCGGCCGGCCGCGCUCACCUAGCGGCGCCGCUCCAUCCGCCGCAGUCGCCGGGCGCUGUCCCGCGGGUAAACAGCCUGGGUCUCCCGGGCAACCGCGCCGGGGACCUGAAAGCAGCAUCUUUCUCAUCGCACCUUCGCUUCUUCCUUAUUUUCUCCUUGGCAGUGACGGCCCCCACCCAAGGCAGCUUCUGGCAGUUUCAAAGGACGGUCAAACACAUCACAGGGAGGAGCGCCUUUUUCUCAAAUUAUGGAUAUGGCUGCUACUGCGGGCUUGGGGGCAUAGGGAUCCCCAUGGAUGACACUGACAGACUGAAGGAUUUCAGCUGCCAGCUCGUGUUGAACGGCUACCAGUUCCGCGUGGCCAACGGGACCGUGAUCUUUGAAUGCGCCCUUGGUCCUGGUGUCAGCUGCCUCUGUGGGCUAAGAGCCUGCGAGUGUGACACGCAAUCCGCCUCAAAGAGAACCUGCCCAAACUUCAAGCAGUUUUUCUCCAGCUAG